UUCUGACCUUGGCCACCACUGGGCAAGCUGCCAACCUGACUUCAAAUCAGAUCCUGCCUGCUGUGCAUCACUGCAUGACUCAGAGGGGGGGAGGCAAGUGAAACCGAAAGCAAAGGCAAGGCGCACAGACGGCAAGUGGACCCCUCACGCAAUCUGUCCUCAACAAAAGAACUACUUUUUCCCUUUUGGCACAUUCAGAUCUCAGAAAAGAGAGGAGUGUUCGUCAGGAGGCAUUUGAAGAGGAACUUCCAAGAUCCUGCUCUUAACUCUGCUUUCUUCAACAUGCCAGACACUCAGCUGUGUUUGGAGGCGCUGUCGGCUCUCUGCGGCUGCAGGGUCGAGCCGACCAGCGUUGACUCCCAGCUGACGCCUCAGGACUUGGUCAACAUCGUCGCCCUCAAGGAGUUUUACAGGCAGGAGGGCUUCCAGACCCUCGAGUAUCCCAGCAUAGGGUCUCUGUCCCUGCAGGAGGCGGACGAUGUGGACCUGUACGGGCCCCCUCCUGCGCUGACCGCGGGCCCGGCUGAGAGCGCCGGAGCCGCAGCCACGGUGAAAAUCAACCCGGCGGACUUCUUCCACCCUCAGUACGACUACGACUUCACCAACAUCAAGGACGGCAACAAGAAGUUCUUGCGGGGUAACGAGCAGUACCUCCGUCCCUGCGGCUGGAACCGGGUCGCCCUGCGGGUUCUGAACAAAUACGACGGCGGGGACGGCUGGCUUGGGACAGGCAGCGACGCCUGGCCCGUCUCCUACCACGGACACGGAAUGGACGGCUCGCUCGGCAUCAUCGUGACCCACAAGGCGGACUGCGUGGACGAGCCCGGGUUUCUAGACGCCGCCGCAGCUUCUAUCACCAUCCCCCAGACGAAGGGCAGAGGGGUGUACUCGACCCGGGAUGUCUGCAUCGCAGAGAAGUUCUGCAAGAAGUUCAAGUCCAAGGUGGACGGGAAGACCUACAAGGUGGUUCUUCAGAGCCGGAUCAACCCGAACAAGAGGAAGGAGUGCCAGAGAGAAAAUUACUGGCUGAUCUACGUGCCAGAGGGAUCCAAUGACAUUCAGACGAGGGCCAUCGUGCAGGAGUCCCUCCGUCCUUACGGGCUGCUGCUGAAGCAGGUGUGAGCCGGGCCGUCGCACAACAUAUAUAUGAAAAUGUGAGAUGUGAAAAUAUGAACUACAUUAACUACUACAUUAAGAGUCUCCACACACUGCCUACCUUGACCUGUAGCUGCCUCUUUUGUAUAAACAACAGUCUGACAAACGCAGAGAUAAGAUUGUCUGACUGUUUUAGUUUUAAAACGGGAAUAUUCAUCUUCAUCUUUAGAGAAACGGGUGGAAGAAAAGUUUUUUUCUCUCUUUGACAAAGCAUUAGUUUCUUUAUCUUGACCCUGUUGUUACUUUAUCUUGCAAUGUGAAUUACAGAUUGGGCAGUUGGGUUGUUUCAAAGCACUUUGUGACAAACCUGCUAGAGGCGCUUCAUAAUUUAAUCUCCCUGUUGAUUUGAAAUUGUGCUCUGAUUAAUAUGCACUACUUGUGAAUGAAGCAGUAAAUAAAAGGACUACGG